UGAUUUACAAGGCAGAUGGCCUCUGGCUGGAGCCACCCAGGGGGCUAUAAGAGCACAUAGACUUCCGGAAGGCUCAGGGCGGGUGCCAUGUGAGCCCCGCUUGGCUCCCCCUCCUGCCUGGCCUCUUUCCUUCCCUCCUCCUGCCCGCCUGUGUCUGCCCAGCCCUCCAAAGAGGGACGCUUGGCACCAUGUCUCUGCUCAACCCUGUCCUGCAGCCCCUCAAGGUGAAGGCCUAUUUGAGCCAAGGGGAACGCUUCAUCAAAUGGGACGAUGAAACUACAAUGGCCUCCCCUGUUAUUCUUCGUGUGGAUUCCAAGGGCUAUUAUUUAUACUGGACAUACCAGAGUAAGGAGAUGGAGUUUCUGGAUAUCACCAACAUCCGAGACACUCGCUUUGGGAAGUUUGCCAAGAUGCCCAAGAGCCAGAAGCUCCGGGAUGUUUUCAACAUGGACUUUCCUGACAACAACUUCCUGCUGAAGACACUCACGGUGGUGUCUGGCCCCGACAUGGUGGACCUCACCUUCCACAACUUUGUCUCCUACAAAGAGAACGUGGGCAAGGUCUGGGCUGAGGAUGUACUGGCCCUGGCCAAGCACCCGCUGGCCACCAAUGCCCCCCGCAGCACCUUCCUGGACAAGAUCUUAGUGAAGCUCAAGAUGCAACUCAACCCUGAAGGGAAGAUUCCGGUGAAGAAUUUUUUCCAGAUGUUUCCUGCUGAUCGUAAGCGGGUGGAAGCUGCUCUCAGUGCCUGCCAUCUUCCAAAAGGCAAGAAUGAUGCCAUCAAUCCUGAAGACUUCCCAGAAACCGUCUACAAGAGUUUCCUCAUGAACCUCUGUGCCCGGCCAGAAAUAGAUGAGAUCUUCACUUCCUAUCAUUCUAAGGCCAAACCCUACAUGACUAAGGAGCACCUGACCAAAUUCAUCAACCAGAAACAGCGGGACUCCCGACUGAACUCCCUGUUGUUCCCGCCAGCCCGGCCUGACCAGGUGCAGGGCCUCAUUGACAAGUAUGAGCCCAGUGGCAUCAACGUGCAGAGGGGCCAGCUGUCACCCGAGGGCAUGGUUUGGUUUCUCUGUGGGCCAGAGAACAGCGUGCUGGCCCAGGACAAGCUGCUGCUCCACCACGACAUGACACAGCCACUCAAUCAUUAUUUCAUCAAUUCCUCUCACAAUACUUACCUGACAGCUGGCCAGUUCUCAGGCCUUUCCUCGGCUGAGAUGUACCGCCAGGUGCUGCUGUCUGGCUGCCGUUGUGUGGAGCUAGACUGCUGGAAAGGGAAGCCCCCUGAUGAGGAGCCCAUUAUCACCCACGGCUUCACCAUGACCACAGACAUCUUUUUCAAGGAAGCAAUCGAGGCUAUUGCAGAAAGUGCUUUUAAGACCUCCCCCUAUCCCGUCAUCCUGUCGUUUGAGAAUCACGUGGACUCACCCCGCCAACAGGCUAAGAUGGCUGAGUAUUGCCGGACGAUCUUUGGGGAUAUGCUGCUCACAGAGCCCCUGGAAAAGUUCCCACUGAAUCCAGGAGUCCCCCUACCCAGCCCUGAGGAUCUCAAGGGCAAAAUCCUCAUCAAGAACAAGAAGAAUCAGUUUUCUGGCCCGGCAGCCACCAGUAAGGAAGCUGUCGGGGAGGCUGAGGGCAGCUGCACCCUCAGUGCCCCUGCAGGCGAGGACACAGUGUGGGCUGGCGAGGAAGGGACUGAGCUGGAGGAGGAGGAGGUGGAAGAGGAAGAGGAGGAGGAGUCGGGAAGCCUGGAUGAAGAAGAGAUUAAGAAGAUGCAGUCAGAUGAGGGCACAGCGGGCCUGGAGGUGACGGCUUACGAGGAGAUGUCCAGCCUAGUCAAUUACAUCCAGCCCACCAAGUUCAUCUCCUUUGAGUUCUCUGCCCAGAAGAACCGAAGUUAUGUCAUCUCCUCCUUCACGGAGCUCAAGGCUUAUGACCUGCUCUCCAAGGCCUCAGUGCAGUUUGUGGACUACAACAAGCGCCAGAUGAGCCGCAUUUACCCCAAGGGAACCCGCAUGGACUCCUCCAACUACAUGCCCCAGAUGUUCUGGAAUGCUGGAUGCCAGAUGGUUGCCCUCAAUUUCCAGACAAUGGACCUGCCCAUGCAGCAGAACAUGGCGCUGUUUGAGUUCAAUGGGCAGACGGGCUACCUCCUGAAACACGAGUUCAUGCGCCGGCCGGACAAGCAGUUCAACCCUUUCUCAGUGGACCGCAUCGACGUGGUGGUAGCCACCACCCUUUCCAUUACGGUGAUCUCUGGGCAGUUCCUAUCAGAACGCAGUGUGCGCACCUGUGUGGAAGUGGAGUUGUUUGGCCUUCCUGGGGACCCCAAGAGGCGCUAUCGUACCAAGCUGUCACCUAGCACCAACUCUAUCAAUCCUGUCUGGAAGGAGGAGCCCUUUGUCUUUGAGAAGAUCUUGAUGCCUGAGCUGGCCUCCCUCAGGGUGGUUGUGAUGGAAGAAGGCAACAAAUUUCUUGGACACCGAAUCAUCCCCAUUAAUGCCCUGAAUUCUGGGUACCAUCAUCUGUGCCUGCACAGCGAGAGCAACAUGCCCCUCACGAUGCCUGCGCUCUUCGUCUUCCUGGAGAUGAAGGACUAUGUACCCGACACCUGGGCAGAUCUCACUGUGGCUCUUGCCAACCCCAUCAAGUUCUUCAAUGCCCACGACAAGAAGUCUGUGAAGCUCAAGGAAGCCAUGGGAGGUCCCCCUGAGAAGCCCUUCCCACUCAGCAGUCCAGUCACCAGCCAGGUCAAUGGGGCAUCGGCUCCAACGAGCAAUGGAUCGGCAGCAGCCGGGGCCAGGGCCAGAGAGGAGGCCAUAAGAGAAGCCGCGGAGCCGCGGACCGCCAGCCUGGAGGAGCUUCGGGAGCUGAAGGGCGUCGCGAAGCUGCAGCGGCGGCACGAGAAGGAGCUAGUCAACAAGGUGAUGGAGCUGGCCCGAGAGAAGCAGGCGGCAGAGCUGAAGACCCUCAAGGAGACGUUGGAGAGUGACACCAAAGAGAUGAAGAAAAAGCUGGAGGCCAAGAGGCUGGAGCGGAUCCAGGCCAUGACCAAAGUCACCAUAGACAAGAUGGCCCAGGAGAGGUUAAAGAGAGAGAUUAAUAACUCCCACAUCCAGGAAGUGGUGCAGGUCAUCAAGCAGAUCACAGAGAAUCUGGAGAAGCAUCAGGAGAAGCUAGAGGAGAAGCAGGCAGCCUGCCUGGAACAGAUCCGGGAGAUGGAAAAGCAGUUCCAGCAGGAGGCGAUGGAAGAGUACGAAGGCAAGAUGAGGGGUCUGGAGUCCGAGGUGAAGGAGUCGGUGAGGGCCUGCCUCAGGACCUGCUUCCCUUCCGAGGCCGAGGACAAGCCUGAGGGGGCCUGGGAGGCCCCCAGGGAGCCAUGUGAGCAGGACACACCGACAGCAAAGGCUGACGCCCAGGAGAGCCGCCUCUGAUGCCCCAUCCCACUGGGACAUUGAGCAGGGAAGUUCAGACCUUUCUCUGGGACAUGGCUCCAUGUCCCCAGGAGAAAGGAGCCCCAGCACUCUGAGGCUGUGGGGACCUGAGACUCCCUGGAUGGUACAGCCUCCUCCUCAGUAGUCGGCCUAGGAGAGGAGGCAGGACUCAGGUACCAUCAGGGAAGGGGUCUAUCUGGGGCCUAGAAGUCCUCUCCAAGCUGACUUCCAGCUCCUCAUCCCCUCCCCCCGAUAAGUGUCAUAUAUUUGUUGAGGGCAUGAGAAUAUGGACUGGGAGGCAGGAAAUGAGAUCCUGCCCCCACUCGACCUUUCAAGAGGAGCCAGGCAACUCGUA